AUGUCUCCAAUUUUAAUGUGCAUUUUGUGUGUUGCUAUGGUACAGAGCAGAGUGAUUAAAAUUGAUAAAAUUCCCAUCAAAACCGAGAUGAUAAUGAAGAUUGCAAUUCAAAUGAACGACAAAGGUGACCCGGUAGCUAACAUAAAGUUUAUUGAGAAAGAAACAAAGAAUCAAGAAGUAGAAAAGACUUUGAAGCCCGCAGUUGGUUUUAUACCUGACUUUAAUGAUCGUGCUGGUAUUGUGGGAGGGAAAUGUCCUUUAGGGCAAGUGAAGAGAGGACCAGCAUGUGUGAUUCUUGGGUAA